UUACAGGUGUUUGCUGCUGCAUUCUGAAGAUUUUCAAUAGAUCAACAUGACGUAACACAAUGAACAUUUAACAACCACCAUGGAGUCCAAAGAAUGGCCCGAUUUCCUGAACAGCACGAAGAAUUUCAAAUCCGGUGCAUUCGAAGAGCCCUACGGGAUUAAUGACGUCAUAGAUGUGUCUCCGAAGAUCAACUAUAGUUUCUACGACAAUACUACUGCGCCCGAUUACACGAACUUCACUACGGACAACUUUUGCGCGUCUAACUUCAGCCAUGUCUAUUUGAAUGUGACUUGCGAGUUCCCUAUUGAUUAUGCUGAGCCUAUGUAUGGAUACAUCGCACCAUUCCUGCUAGCAACCACAACCGUAGCCAACACACUAAUCGUGGUCGUCCUCUCCCGCCGGCACAUGCGAACGCCUACCAACGUGGUUCUCAUGGCUAUGGCUCUCUGCGACAUGUUUACUAUGCUUUUCCCGGCUCCUUGGCUAUUCUAUAUGUAUACUUUUGGGAACCAUUAUAAGCCACUGAGUCCGGUCACAGCGUGUCAAGCGUGGAACUAUAUGAAUGAGGUCAUCCCAGCUAUGUUUCACACGGCGAGCAUCUGGCUAACACUGGCUUUAGCGGUACAACGAUACAUCUACGUAUGCCACGCACCUGUAGCGAGGACCUGGUGUACAAUGCCGCGCGUAACCAAAUGCCUGAUCUACAUCGGCAUAGCGGCAUUCCUGCAUCAGCUGCCUCGCUUCUUCGACCGCCAGUUUAUCCCACACCACACAGUGUGGCGAGGGCAUUAUGAAGAUGUGUGUCGGAUACAAAUAGCUCCAUGGGUGCACUCUCUAUCCCUGGACGCGUAUUUCAUCUCCUACUUCGGUUUCCGAGUCCUCUUCGUCCACCUUAUCCCCUGCACAUCCCUCGUGGUCCUCAACAUCCUGCUCUUCAGGGCCAUGCGCACCGCUCAGCUCAACCGGCAGAAGCUCUUCAAAGAAAACAGAAAAUCCGAAUGCAAGAGACUCAGGGAUUCCAACUGCACCACCCUUAUGCUCAUCGUUGUCGUCACCGUCUUCCUAUUAGUAGAAAUCCCCGUCGCCGUCGUUACCAUCUUACACAUCAUCUCCAGCAGCUUAGUCGAGAUCUUAGACUACCAUAUUGCUAAUAUCCUCAUCCUCAUCACCAAUUUCUUCAUCAUCGUCUCCUAUCCCAUCAACUUUGCUAUCUACUGCGGCAUGUCUAGGCAAUUUAGGGAAACUUUCAAAGAGUUGUUCAUUAGGGGAGCUGUUACUAGUAGGAAAAAUGGCGGUUCUAGUAGAUACUCCCUAGUUAAUGGACCUAGAACUUGCACUAAUGAAACUGUACUGUAAAAAAUUAAGAGUAUUUUGUAUAUAAACUGUGCUAUUUUCAUUGAUAGAUUGUAGUUUUUGUUUGUCUAUUUUAUAUAGUUAUUAUAGACAUAUCAAAAUGUAAGAAAUGAUAAAGUGUAGAUUUUUUGGCGAUUUGUUUCAGCGGCCUUUGUGUUAAAAAAUAUAAAUAUUUAUAAAUAGUUGUAGCGUAAAAUUGAAUGUUGUAAUUUUGUACAUUUUCGGCUACUUUUUUGAGACUUUGGCUGUUACCUGAUUAUGAACUAUUUAGUAAAUACAUAUAAAUCAUUGUUUUUUUUUUUUGUUAAUCAGCUACUGUCAAAGUCCGCGAAUGGAGAGCCCCCAUUCAGAAAAAGUAUCAGAAAUUAUGUUUAUUGUAAAAUAUUGAUGUUGAUAAAAGUUUUUUUUUCUGUAAAUAUUUAACUAUAUUUAAAUUUAUAUAAACGUUUCGUGUACACCGAAAUGUGUUACGUUGUAUAAAGUAUUUGUAGAUGUUUUAUGCAACUAUGUAUUAUGUUACACACAAAAGCUUUGUGUUACACACGAAAUAUAUGUGAUUUCUGUGCUUCUUUGACCGUGCGUUGUCUAAAUUGGAUGAAUUUUGUAUUAAGUACCAUUGCAAAAAAUCAUUUAAGUUCACUGUAACUGAAUAAAGAAUUGUAAUUA